GACUGGGGACAUGAAGUGACAGUUCACACCCAUCAGAGACUCACACAGGGCUCACAGUCAACAGGAAGAGAGAGCACACAGAGAGAGACCAGCAGACACAGACCGAGAUAGUGACCAUUAGAGAAAGAGGAGAAAGAGGAGAGAGACCCCGGUGCUGUGAUUGACUCAUAAGUGCAGUAGAGGCAGGAUGUGGGUCCUCAUCUGGGCAACUCUACUUCUCUCUCUGACAGAGAGAGCCACAUGCAAAAGACAGCAACAACCAUCACCACGAACAGCAUCACCCUGGACCAUCGCCUUCAGUCCUGCAAAGAUAACAGGAGAAAAGGGACUAUGUGCUGUAAUUUCAUGUACCUUCAAUCAUGCAAAGAACUUCAACCCUACUGCAGCAAUGUGGUUAAAAUGUAAAAAAAAUGGCAAUUGUGAUCCGGAUGAAGACAUAAUUAUCCAUUCUGAAACUCCCUCUAAAGCUCAGGAGGGUUAUAAACAGAGAGUGUCCCUACUAGAGACUGAUUUGACAAAGAAGAACUGUAGUGUGAUCAUCAACGACAUCAGAGAGAAUGACACUGGAGAGUAUCAAUUCAGACUUCUAAAUGCAAAUACAUACCCCAAGAAAGUGAAAAUCACAGUGAAAGGACAAGAUGUCGUUACUGGGAAAACUCCCAUUCAAGCUCUGACCCAGAAGCCCUCAGUGUUGACUCCUCCUCUGACAGAGGGAGAACCAGCUACUCUGACCUGCACUGCCCCAGGGAUCUGCUCUGGAACUCCUCCUAAAAUAACAUGGACAUGGAGAGGGACAGGAGACAACAUCACUGAGCUUCGAGACAACACCACCAUACAGAUGAGAGAGGACCUGACCAAUGUGACAACAACCCACUUCUCAACUUUGACCUUUACCCCCUUAGCUGACCACCACAACAUGAUGGUUACGUGUCAAGUAACCUUCCAGAAAACAUAUGCAAUUGAAGAGACAGUAACUUUGAAUGUGUCAUAUGUGAAAGACCCCCAAAUAACUGGAAAUAAAAUGGUGAAGGAGGAUGGUACCCUGGAUCUGACCUGCAGUGUUGACAGUUACCCUCCAUCUGACAUCACUUGGAGUAAGAACGGGACAAGUGCCCCACUUCAGAAUUACACUGAAAAUGCCACUCUCACCAUCUCCAAUGUGACAAGAGAACAUGCUGGGGAGUAUGUGUGUACAGUUCAUCACCACAACAGGACAAUGACAGCUUCCACCAUUGUCACUGUGAUGUACCUUCCUGUGAUUCUUCCUGGCUCUGGGUGUGUGGACCAGGCAGAGGUCAUGACCUGUGUGUGUGUCAGUCAGGGGGUUCCCUUACCCCUCAUAGAGUGGCCACUGCUGGAGCUCAACACAGAGAACACUACGUCAGUGUUGGGUUCCUCAGUGAACAGCACCCUCAGCCUGCUUGUUGGAAACUACAACAACAUCACUGUGGAGUGUGUCAGCAGAAAUGUGGUGGGUGUAGUGAGAGAGAAGUUGCAGGUAACCCAAAAUAAGAGCCAAGAAAAGCAAGAAGAUAAGGAAUGGGAAGACAUUAUAGCUAUGCUGUCGGACCUAAAACUGAUUACUGCAUUUGUGAUUGGUGCAGCCCUCUCAGCCACCAUCUGUUGUAUCUUCCUGUGUUUGACAGGGAAAUGUAAAAGACAAAAAAAGACGAUCCCAAAGGACUCCAAAAACCCUUUAAUGAACCUGGAGAUGGUGGCAUGUGAAGACCAACAGACGGAUGCAGGACGGGCUGUGCGGGGUGAACAGACCCCUCUGCAGUUGGAGCUGAGAGGGGGAGCAGAAAACGGAGGGCCCCAGACCAGUGGAGCUGCAGGAAAAUUUGACACAAGGGAAGAUCCAAAUGAAGUGGACUACGCCAGUAUCAACUACUCCCUGCUGAAGAAGAAGACUCCUGAGGAGGCAGAGAAGAAGACCACCACAACAGAGUCAGAGUACGCCAAAAUCAAACGAGAGAAGAAGAAAGAAGGGGAUGAAGAUGGAGGAGAGGGGAGUGGUGUGAUGAUGGGGAAGGAUGAGGAGAAAGAGAACGGUAAGCCGGCAGCAGAGACAGAUGAGGAUACAGUGCUUUACUCCAACGUCAAGGCUAUUAUGGGUGGUGGUGAGUGACACAGAUAUUUUCGCUAGUAAUGUGGGGGAUAGAAUACAGUACUAUAUAGCCAUGGGUUCUUAUAUAAUUUUCUGAAUCCAGAUCAAAAGUUUUAUGAUGAUACUAGGACUUUUGUUAAACUGAAACUACUGUAGUUAAGAGUUUUGGUAAAUGCUUUAUUUUACAGCCCUGUGUCAGAUGAUACUGUAUGUAUCUGGUGGUUGUACAUUUUCAAUAAGAAUAUUUUGUAGUUCUACAUAGAAGCAAGUUUUGGUAAUGUUUUUGUAAUGUUUUUCAAGGAAGCGUCAUUUCACUUUUUGUAAGGAUUCUGUUUUGUCACCAUGAGGAAGGACUGACAAAUAUGUGGUUUGGAAAAGUAGAGAGGUCAAACCAUUUCUUGUUUUCUCCUCUUUCCUUUCAUUUUUGUGGGUGGGGAUAUUAUGUAGUAUGUGUGGUUGUAACCAAUACAUUUCUGUACAUAGAACACUGAUAUACUGCAGUACAUUUUGGCAAAAUGUCAUAAAGAAUUCUCAUUUUGGGCUAGCCAGAGAGCUCAAAUUAAAUGAAUCAAGAAAAAAAGUACUUUAUGCUUUUAAAAGUUGUGUGCUAUAGACGGGUUGGUUGUUUAGCAACCAAACAGAUACGUGUACAACUAUGGGGUAAAACAGACGGGUUGGCUUAGAUUGUUGACAACAUGUAAACUAUAUUUCGUCUCCAAUGCUUUUUGAAAAUAUAAAUAAAUUUGCACAAUGA